AUGCUCACCCCGGAGCAGCUUAAAACCCACCUGAUAUCCUACUAUAUCUCCAAUUGGCGCGCUAAUGGAGUACCUGUGACCUUGAGAGACGUUCUUGCACAGAAAAUCCAAGGGAAGCUCGAUUCAGAUGGGCCCCAUACCAAGGAGAUCCGUGGAGUGAGCGAGCAGGCAGAGGAAGUCUACCUCUCCAUGAAGCAUACCCACUCCUACCUCAAGGUCCGCCUUGAUGAUUCGCCUCCGAAGGACGCGAUCAUCAAGGCUCACUAUGCGGAUAUCAAAAACUUUAUGGAGAAGAACGCAGAUGUGGUCUCCUCCAUGUCACCGAUACUGGAUCGCCACAUAGAGCAGCAUAACUUGGUUGAUUGGUAUGACACUAUGCCGAUGGCGCAGAUGAGCAUGAAGGAGAAGGUCAAUAUUACAAAGGAGGUUCAGCUUAUUGCCAGACAUGAACUUGAGCUUUCCGACGAGCCUCGUCCUGCGAGCUCGCCCAUACUACCCACACUCAAAGUCUGCCUUAUCAACAUCGGAGUCAAUCAUAAGCUCGGAUUACAAUUUCACGAAACAACAGUGUCACGAAUGAAAGACGAGCACGAGAAAUUUCUUAUCUGGCUGGAGAGCCUCGCACCUCAGUGUCAAGCAAUCUCCAACUGGGAUGUCUACAACUCCAUUGGAGAUGACUGGGAACCGAAGGCAUUAGCCCUGUACGAGCCAGAGCAGCAGACUCUACAAUCAAGCGAUGAUGGUAGGCUAGCCGUUAACCGCAGCUGGUCGUACAAGAAACUUGAGCUAAUUGGAAGGAAUCCACAACUCGUUGAGGACUGGAAAAUAUUGAAGACAUGCGAAGACUUUAAUGGCCUUCUUGACGAGUUCUUGCUAAAGCCGAAGGUGUAUCCAGUCUUUGUCAGGUCUUACAUGAUUCCGGAUUCAGAACGUCACACAGUACAAGGCGGACACAAUCCAACAACUACAACAACCGAUACCGAUGGCUUGGGGGAGGAUAUUACAGGAUGA